GCACAUUCCCAAUUUCCCACUCUAUGAUCCCUUCCCCUUUUAUUAAUUUUCCGCUUCUCUUUCGUUCUUCACAUUUCGAAAAUUCUCCCCUUUCAAUUCUCAAUCUGCAACUUCAGAGAUUUUGACAAUGGCGGCUUCAAUCAAUCAAUUAGGGUUUGUAAUUUUCGCUAUGAUGCUUGUUUCAUGUUCAAUCUCAGCAAUGGCGGAUUCAGAAUCAGCGUUUAUUGUAGCUCACAAGAAGGCUACCCUCACAAAGCUCAGCAAUGGCGUUGAACGUAUCUCCGUUUCUAUCGACCUCUACAAUCGUGGAUCUUUAACUGUGUACGAUGUAAGCCUUGUUGACAACAGCUGGCCUGUGGACUCAUUUGACGUAGUCAGUGGAAACUUUUCAAGAUCAUGGGACAGCCUCGAUGCUGGAGCUAUUUUUUCUCACUCCAUUGAGCUGGAGCCAAGAGUAAAAGGUAUAUUUCAGGGUAGCCCAGCUGUGAUUACAUUCCGCAUUCCCAACAAGGCUGCACCCGUGGUUGCAUACUCUACCCCCAUUUUCCCAUUGAACAUGCUUGCAGAUACUACACCAGAGAACAAGCUUGAAUUGGCAAAGAGUCUUCUUGCUCGAUUUGGUCCACAGUUUUCUGCAGUUUCUCUUGUAGCUUUGUUUGGAUACAUGAUUGCUACCCCAAAGUCGAAUGCUGCCAAGGCACAAAAGAAGAGGCGAUGAAGCUAUAGCUCUAAUAAGAUACCAAACAACUAACUGUUUUGGCUUUGCAGCUGGCUUCUUCACUUAAUACGAGUAUUCUGGCUUCGGUGGCUUAAUUCUAACUCAGAAUUGAAGGCUGCCUGUUGUAACUGCUCCUCGUGUCCUUUGGAUAGUGUUUUCAGUUUCUGUCUAAUCUUUUACGUAGUUUCACUCAAAUCAAGAACUAUUCGGCAGGUUUUAUUUUUAAGAAGCUGCCCCAAGUUUGAAAUGCAUGCGCAAGCGUAUUGCAGUUCUUGUGUAUCUUUCAUGCCGUUUUAAAAUGUUUCUUCUGUUA